AUGGAGAAGAAGACAGCAACUGAUCCUCCAUCCCAGGAAAUUCCAAGUGACAUACCCGAUGAAGGGGGAUCGCUAUCUCACCCUCCGGUAAGCACCUGGACGGUGGUCUCUCUCAAUAUUGCCCUCUGUCUAGGCAUCUUUUGCAUGUCAUUGGAUCUCACAAUCAUCGCGACCGCAAUUCCUCGUAUCAUUGAUCAGUUUGACUCUCUAGACGACAUUGGCUGGUACGGCAGUUCCUAUCUCCUUACAAACUGCGCCACUACUCUCGCCUUUGGCAAAUUCUACACAUUCUACUCCACAAAAUGGGUAUACCUAUCCGCCCUUUUUAUAUUCGAAGUCGGCUCUCUUGUCUGUGGAGUUACUCCCACCUCAGUUGGUCUCAUUCUGGGUCUAUGCAUUGCUGGUCUGGGCGCUGGAGGUCUCUUCUCCGGGAGUCUCUUGAUCAUCGCUCAGACUGUGCCUUUGCAUCGUCGCCCAGUCUUCACGGCCUUACUUGGUAGUAUGUACGGCAUUGCCAGUGUCGCUGGUCCUCUACUGGGAGGCGCAUUGACAGAUCGUGUGUCCUGGCGUUGGUGCUUCUACAUCAACUUGCCCAUCGGUGCCGUCACAGCUCUCAUCGUCCUAUUUUUCUUCCAUGCUCCCGCGCCAAUCAAGAAGCGCCCAGAACUACGCAAACUACUGAGCGAACUAGAUCUCAUCGGGUCGUUCUUUUUCCUACCUGCCAUCGUCUGUCUUCUUCUAGCCCUCCAGUGGGGUGGCACCCAAUACUCUUGGAAUAGCCCCCGGAUCAUCGUUCUUUUCGUGCUCACUGGUGUUCUCCUGCUCAUCGUCGUGGGUGUUCAGAUCCGCCAGAAUGAGAAGGCCACACUUCCACCGCGUAUCGUUCGGAAUCGAAACAUCUGGUCAUCGGCGUGGUUUGCCAUCACACUCUGUGGUGCUUACUUUGUCUUCAUUUACUACGCAAUCAAGGGGGCCUCAGCCUCCAAGUCAGGCGUGAUGAACCUGCCAAGUACCAUCGCAGUCGUGGCCAUCUCUAUUCUAUCCGGUGUCCUAGUCACCAUGUCCGGUUACUACAACCCCGUCAUGAUCAUGGCCUCCGUCACGUUAGCGAUUGGCGGCGGUCUACUCAGUACCCUGAAGACAGACUCGGGGAGUGGCGAAUGGAUUGGCUACCAGAUUCUAAUGGGAAUCGGUGUUGGUCUCGGAAUGCAACCGCCGUUUAUAGUGGUGCAGAAUGUGCUACCCGACGGCGACGUCCCUACCGGCACAGCAGUAAUAACACUUGCCCAGACCCUGGGAGGUGCAAUCUUUAUUUCUGUGGCUCAAAAUAUCUUCCAGAACCAGUUUGCUCACGCCAUGCACUUGGAAGAUCCCUCGGUGGAUGUAGCCACAGUUCUCUCGGCUGGCACAACGACCUUGCGCAAGCAUCUUCCAGCGGAACAGCUGCCAGCCGUUCUAAGAUCCUACAAUUCCGCCAUUAUCCAGGCCUUUUAUGUGGGCGUGGCUUUAGCAUCGCUUUCCUUCAUUGGAACGAUCGCGUUGGAAUGGAAGUCCGUCAAGAAACCGAGGAAUACUACUCCUAACGAGGACAGUAGGAGUUGA